AGCAAGGCAUUACGGCGUGGCCGGCGCUCGCCCCACCUUUAUUACCUCUGACUAGUGCGACGGCGGCCGAGGACUGACGCGACAAGAACCAAAUAAUUGUUUCUGCUUCUGGCUUUCUGCGUGUGUACAACAAUAACAACAACAUCCAUGACCUAGACUCACUCCGCAAUGAUCUAAUCAUGCGCUUGAAACUCUCAGUUCAGCGUCACGGUCUGCCGUCUGUAGACCUGCUUUGGAAUAUCUCUGACCAUCCGGCCCAGGGCUUACAGACAAUCUCGAAUCUCCUCGAGGAUAUUGACGAAGCUAUACCCCUGGAAGCUCCAGAAUGGGGUCUCGAGGACUAUGUGGUAGAGGUCGAUGGUUUCGAGUGCCUCCACUACUCACGGCUUGCCCAGAUACUCAAGGACGGUGACCAUGUCUGUGUGAGACCUCUUCAGACACCCGAGCUUCGCGUACGUCGAGUCUCUGGUCGUGUCCAGGUAUCGUCUGCCGGUGUACAUCUACUAGACGGUGUACCUUUUGGCAAGACCGGGCUCAGAAGGCCAGCCAGACCUGCGGUCAAUAUUCCUCCUCGCAAGCGAGCACGUCUCUUGCCACCUGCGGACGGCGACAUUGACCUUAGCCCGAGCCCCGAGCCUACAUCCCUCUCUAGAAUCACGAAUGGAAAUAACGCCGAAGACGACGAAGACGACGAAGAGGAGGAUGAGGAUUUCGUCCCAUACGAGCACGACCGGGAAGAAAACGUAGCCGGAGAGGUUCAAUCUGCAAGGCCUGCCAACGCGCGUGUCAGUAGAAGAGUAAGGUUCAAUACAGCCGCAGCAGUGAACGAAUCGACUCUGCUUCCCUCAGAUGACGACGAAUCAGACGACAACUUUGAGGACGGGUCAAGUAGCUCGGAGAAUGAAAGUGACCUAGAGGAGAGUGAAGGAGAAGCUAUCGCGGAAACUCGCUUGACCAGGUCCAAGGGGCAAGCGAUGCCAGAUAGCGAUGCCGACAACGAGUCAGAUCCCGAUACAGAUUCUAGCUCCGACAGUUCGGCUUUGGACGCGGACUCAGACUCGAACUCAGAUUCGGAUUCGGAUUCAGAUUCGGAUUCGGAUUCAAGUUCUGAUUCAGACUCAGACGCCACCCCAGCAGAAGGUGUCAAUGCAAAAGAUAACACCGGAAGAUACAGUGUGCCCAGUCCUUCAGAUUCAGAUGCUACGUCAGAUCCUGGGCCAGAAGUCGAAUCAACUCGCCCAAAGCAGCGUGUAUCCCUGCCAUAUGAAGGCUCGUCAGACACGAAGACAAGAAACCAGCGUAGACGCGCCCUGAGGACUCUCAACAGACUCAAAGAGCUUGGCGAGCUUGACCCCGAUGCCUCAUUAGCUGACCUUCGCGCACAUCUGGAUUCAGGAAACUCUGCACCCGACGACGAGCAGACACCGAUGGCCUCGCCGAAGGGGAAAGGCAAGAAUGGAACCCCUGGAGUUGCUCUUACAGCGCACUCACUCUCAAAAGAAGAGCUGGAACAACGAGAAGUUUUACUCCGUGAUCUGGCCACUGGUGGGGUAGACAUUGCAGCAGUUACUCUCUUACCCGAGAAUUCUAAGAAGAGAAAGUCUCGGCGCUCAAGAGAUGGCACCGAUACAGAGACUCCCAAUAAGCGCGCACGUACAGGCGCUACUCGAUCGAAGGGCACAUCGAAUGACUCGCCACGUUUCUGCAUUCCUACGACAAAUUCUGAAGAGGAUGCUAUCACAACUAGAACACAGUCGCCGAACAAUGGCAAGGGGAGGCUGCCCGUCGUAGAUGAUAGCAAAGUCGAAGACGUAAAUGCCUGGAAAUUCAAACUCAACCUUAACGCUGUUGAAUGCUGUAAAGACGGAAUCGUGCUCAGUACCCCUCUCUUUCCGUUUGUUCAGCGCUGGGACCCGCAACAGCAGUAUGAUCCUCAGCGUAACAGUCGUAAUGCCAACAACGAGCGUAGAAAGAAGAAGCGCCAGCGAAAUAAUACCAACUACUACAACGACUUCAAUACUAAUGCUGAUUUCGGGAAUGUGUUCUCUCAAGCAGUAGAUGAACCGGAAUCAAAUGUAGUGCUCGAUUACGACGAAGCCCCAGACACCGCCAAGCCAGCCGGAAAGCACGUAGUCUUCGCCGACGACCUUCCUAUACUGCCGCUGUGCGUCGAAGACCUCCCAGUGUUGGCGCAGAAAGACGUUCGUGAAGGUGCUAUCGUAGUAUUCAAACAGCUGGACAUGUCACACGAAACCAAUUGGCAGCCCCUGAUUACUGCUUUUCGCACCGCCAAGAUCGACCGUGUCAAAGACAGCGGCGAGAUCGAGAUGACGCUUGCCAAGCGCGAUCGCUCACAGCGUGAGAUCGCAUACGAUGAGGAGGGGAACCGCAUCUAUGGCAAGUUCGAAAUGCAUGACGAGGACGACGACGAUGUAGAUGAUGGGUACCGCUGUCUUUCAUUUGCGGAGCUGCUCGAAGCUAGGCUACUGGAAGCGGGACCAGUGCAAGAGGAGAAUGAGCUGCAAUCACCUCAGGAGGCUAAUUUGUCGACUGUGAGUUGGAACGGUAUCGCAGAUUCGCCGCCGGAGGAAAACGCGGAGACGGCAGCUGUUCCCACCAGCGGCACUCUGGUUGAGACUGAUGCUUGAGACAUGCAUGUAUCUGGACUCUUGUAGGUAUUUGGGAUGUUAUACCCUUGUUAUGACAGGGCUCAAGGAGAGCGUGGAUAGGCCUUACGAAGUCUAACUGAACGGACUGGUUGUAAUAGCGUCGGAGAUAAUUAUGCAAGUAUUUGCACGGAAAUGGAAUAAAGACACUAGUCAUUAAGUCAUAUAAAACCCCUCUUGGCUGACAUGUAAAGUCCACUGACGCAAGCUUUUUAGCCUUGGCCCUUGAUUGUAGAACCCGUCCACUCGUGAUUGCUUCUCCCUCAAU